AUGUCCCUCAAUGUCAUGGUUACUCACGCAUUAACCGACGGGCACAAAAUGAUAUUCGACCUAGGCCUGCGCGAGGACGCGGAGAACUAUAUCCCUCCUGUAGCCGAAAGAAUUCGCGCACCAGAAAUCAUCAAUGUUAAAGAGGGUGUAUUUGAUAGCCUCGAAAAAGCCAACAUAGACCCAAAAACGGACAUUGACAUGUUACCCUCAAGUGGGAAAAGCCAGACCUGGCAAGUUCUUGGGUCGUUGCCAGCCGCCAUGGACUACUUUGGGGACGGUUCUGUCUUUAUCAUCGACGCCCCAGGCCAUCUUGCCGGCCACUUCAAUCUCCUGGUACGUAUUGAUUCAGAAAAAUGGAUGUGUUUGGCGGGCGAUACCGCUCAUGAUGUCAGAGUAUAUAAGGGGACGAGGGAGUUAGCGGUCUUCCCAGAUCCAAACCAACCUGGUUGUGUUAUUUGA